UCGUCCUCUCAGUUUUGUGUGAGCACCGAGCUGAUUUGGGUCGGCUGCGGAGCGCAGAGCGUCGUCCCCAUCGGGAGCAGCCGUCACCCAGUCACCGACCCCGCCUCUCCAGAAUCAUGUGCCGCUCUGCGCUACUGUCCGGCGGUGUGACCGUGUUCCUCGUCGCCCUGGUCCUCUGCACACUGUCACUCUGCUCAGCGGCCAGCCUACAGGUCAACGAUGGACUUGAAAGGAAGCCCUGGAUGGACGCGGUACAGCGAGAACUGCCCAGUGACGCCUACAUGACCGAGUUUAUCGCCCGGCUGCGAGCGCUCAAAGACGCCGAGGACAUCGGGCUUGCACAGAAGCGCGGACUGGACUUCGGCCUGGGACGCGGCUUCUCCGGCAGCCAGGCGGCGAAGCACAUGAUGGGACUGGCGGCGGCCAACUUCGCCGGCGGUCCGGGCCGGCGGCGGCGGUCAGCCCCUCUGCCGACGCUCCACUAGACCGCCGGCGCCGCCCCUUCUCGAGCCCUCUCAGUGUGUAGCAAUAGCCGCCCAGGGCCGCCGCGCCGCCCCCGCCCCGCCCCGCCCGCUCCGCGCACCGCCCGACCGGCGGAGAGGCACCGCGAGGCACUGCGAGGCGAGAGCCGCUCGAAGCGCGUCGCAGUGAGCCGGCGCCGCGUGCAGGGGCUGGCAGCCGCGGUCAGCGGGGUCGCCGACCAGUGAGGCUGGCGAGGCAGUACGGGCACGGGCGCGCAACCGCGGCCAACGGGGACCUGACCCGAGCUGACCUGACCUCGACUCGCUGCGGCGUGACCUCAACGCAGAUGAAGUCGACUAGUGACCUUUAAAUUCAAGCAGCUACUCCGGAAAGCUAGCGCGCAACGAAGCUCUCUCCCCUGUCGCGGCCGGAUGCGGCGUGCGAUUGUUGUACGGUGGUAGACGAGUAUACCUAUAGGUGCCAAGUCGUGAGGUCGAAUAGGCCCGCUGAAUAUGUGACUAUACAAGGGGCAGGGCGGGAUGGGGGCUCUGUGGAUCUCUGCCUCGUCAACCCCGACGCUUUAUUCUUAUUUUAUUUGACUGUUAUGAGUAUGUUUUCUUUAAAUAAAGUUAUUUUGUCCAUGCUCUGAA